AUGAUUGCUCUCAUUGUGUUUGGAUUGUUGGCAAUUCUAGGAAUAACUAUUGGUCUUCUGGUUUAUUUUCUGGCAGUAGAAAACAGGACCUAUUAUUAUCAAGGUAGCUUUAAAGUUGUGGAUAUCCCAUUCAAUAGCAAUUAUGAAAGGGAGACAUCACUAGAAAAUAACCGUCUUAGCAAAAUUCUUGAGACUCGGAUGAUGGAUGCUUUUGAGAGUUCUGACAUUUACAGACAAUACAUCAAUUCUCAAGUCAUCACAUUGGUUCCUGAUAACAAUAGUGUUACAGCUAUGAUAUGGCUAGUAUUCAAGGCUUCCAUAUCAAUGAAGGAAAAUAUGAAAAGAAGAAUUGAAAACAUCUUACGUCAGAUGCUGAGAAACCAUUUAGGAUCUGUGACUACCGAUCCCAAUUCUCUUCAGCUCACAGAAAUCAGUAAGGUCAAUGCUGAAAAGAUUAUCAACAACCGCUGUGGGAGACGAGCAAGGAUGUCUGCAACAUAUGACAGAGUCAAGGGAGGCUCCACUGCUCAGGAAGGAGAAUGGCCAUGGCAAGCAAGUCUCAAAAUGAAUGGCAGACAUUACUGUGGGGCAUCUUUGAUCAGUGACAGAUACCUAGUGACUGCAGCUCACUGCUUUAAAAAGACCAAAAAUCCAAAAAACUAUACAGUCAGCUUUGGGACUAGAGUAAGCCCUCCCUACAUGCAACACUAUGUUCAAAAAAUAAUUAUUCAUGAAAACUACAUUCCGGGUGAACAUCAUGAUGACGUUGCAGUUAUACUGCUCACUGAAAAAGUUUUAUUUAAUAACGACGUACAUCGGGUUUGUCUGCCUGAAGCCUCACAGAUUUUUCUACCAGGUGAAGGUGUUGUUGUUACAGGAUGGGGAGCACUGUUUUAUAAUGGUGAAUACCCAGUGUUACUUCAAAAAGCACCUGUGAAGAUUAUUGAUACAAACACUUGUAAUGCUAAAGAAGCAUAUUAUGGUUUAGUUCAGGACACAAUGAUAUGUGCUGGAUACAUGGAGGGAAAUGUUGAUGCCUGCCAGGGUGACUCUGGAGGACCACUAGUAUAUCCCAAUUCCCGGAAUAUUUGGUACCUUGUUGGAAUAGUAAGCUGGGGUACUGAUUGUGGUAAAAUCAACAAGCCAGGAGUCUAUAUGCGUGUGACCUCCUACCGCAACUGGAUUGCAUCCAAGACUGGUAUCUAA